AUGAAUCUGACUCCUGCAAAGCGGGUCUCUGUCCAGGUCCGGACCUUGGCCAACCGUCACUGCCUUCUCUUUGCUCCAGCUAAACGACAUCAGACAACAAAGUCCGCCGCUUCCCAAGACACCCGGACGUCCAUCCCGCGGCCAGAAUUCCACGAUUACUUUGUGACGCACCUACCCUCUUCUUCUCUCCAUCCCGACCCUCGAGGACCGCAGUUCGCUUUCCAUAAGCUCCCUCGCUCUGCAUCAGUCCCUCAUACGGGGGAGAUCUCGCAUUCCCCGGCUUCGCUCCAGCCCCUGGUGGGCCGGGAGACUACGGUCGUUCGCAUCCCGCUUCGCAGUGCGAAGCAUCACUUUGGCACCGCCACAUCGCGAGGAACGCGCCCUGCGAAUGAAGACUCCUACCAAGCGGGUGUCAUUGAUAUUCCGGCCUUUGCCAAGCGGCCUCCCGCGUCUCUGACUAUCAAACGAUCGGCUGCCAAAGCCUCCGCCGCAACCCGCGAGAGUCAGGGCGCGGAGACCGCUAGCGGCGACCCCCAAGUCUUCUACUUUGGGAUCUUUGACGGCCAUGGGGGCACAGAAUGCAGUACCUUCCUGAAAGAUAAUCUGCACGAAUAUAUCCAGGAUGCAGCGGCUGCGUUUGAGGUCCAGUCGAGCCUAGUGAAGAAUCAAGAUGGCUAUGUUGGCCACGACCCCGAUCCAUCUACUGGGUCGUUGCCGAUCAUGCAGGGAGGGAACUACAAGAGGAUCGCAGAAUUGGAGAAGGUGUUGGUUCGGGAUUGGAAGAGCCUCGUUGGGGGAUACUUCAAGCGAUUUCUCCCCACUCACUUUUCCCACAUCGGAAAGAGUGCACGGGGAGAACUGCAAGCCGCGGGCGAUGGAGAGGGUGUGACGAUGGAAGAAGUUCUGGAGUAUGCCUUCCUGCGGGCCGAUUUGGAAUUCGUAUCAGCCCAAGCUGCGAGACAAGACGACGAGCUCGAGAGGACUGGUCAACCAUUGUUCCAGGAUAACAUUCUCGGGCGCAGUCAUCCCAUGAGCAGUGUCUCGCGUUUCAAGGGCGGUAGCACCGCCAGCAUUGCGCUCAUCUCCACACCCACCCCGAUGCCCUUCUGGCAUCCGGAAACCCCUUCCAGCCUGCUUGUGUCCCACGUCGGCGACACGAGGGUUCUCCUGUGUUCUACUGUCACGGGAGAUGCCAUCCCUUUGACAUCGAACCAUCAUCCUUCAUCUCCCGUAGAAGGCAGUCGGCUGCGUCGAUACGCGACUACGUUCGUGACGGACUCCUUUGGCGAAGAGCGCAUGAGUGGGCUGGCCAACACGCGGGCCUUUGGUGAUGUUCAAUCGAAGCGCAUCGGAGUGUCAGCGGAACCUGAGCUGCGACGCGUUGAAAUGGCUGCGGCAGAAUAUUCCUUCCUGGUCCUCAUGUCGGAUGGUAUUAGCGGCACGCUCCCCGACCAAGAAGUGGUCGAUAUUAUCAAGGAAGCCAAGACACCUGAUGAAGGAGCGCGCAACGUCGUCAACUUUGCAACCGAGGUGACCAAAGAAGGCGAUAACGCGACAUGUCUGGUCGUCCGUCUCGGCGGUUGGGAGCGCCGACUGGAAGGAGGUUUGGGCAGUCUGAGGACCAAGGAAUCGCGAGACUGGCGCCGACAGGAGGCCACUGAUCCGCGCAGGUCACGCAGAUGA